UUCAAGUUAUUUCAAUAGUUCCCCCUCUGUCAGCUGAUUUGCAUUACAACACAUUUUGAAUUUGAGGAUUAUCCACUUUUUUUCUUUUUUGCUGUGAGCUAAUGCAAGCAUGUCAGAGCUGGCUGCUGACCAAAGGUUUUCCUCUUGCCUAAUUCACCCUGCUGCUGUGUGCACUUUGUGACAGCUGGCUUGUAGAUCGGCAGGGGAAUUUACGGGAUCCCUGUAACACAGAGUGAAAAAUGGACAAAGUGUUGGGACUGCUUCUGUUCCUGGUGCUGCUUCUCUGCCACAAAAGCAACACACAGUUACAAACCUCGUGUCCGUAUAACUGCCAGUGUUUCACUUCAGUCCAAAUCCUGUGUGCGGAAGAACGGAUGUCGUCUUUACCGAAGAACAUGUCCAGGCAAGUCAAGGAGUUUAUCGUGAUCAGAUCAACGGUAUCGUACCUGUUUGCCCAAACUUUAAAGGAGAGCCCCCAACUCACCAAACUCGUCUUCCUCAGUAAUGCCCUGCGCAAUAUUCACUCUCAGGCUUUCGAGCAUCUGAGUGAGCUGCAGGAGCUGGAGAUCAGUGGAAACCCCUGGCUGGAGUAUUUAUAUCUGGGAACUUUUUCCAAGCAGGGAAACCUGACUAAACUGAUGCUCAACUUCAACAUGUUCAAGACCGUGCUCCCUGGCAUGUUCGACUCUCUGAAAAAGCUAGAAACUCUGCAGAUGAAGGGCAACGUCAUAUCAAAUCUGCCUGCAUUCCUUCUGCUUCACCUCCACAAUCUACGGGUCUUGGAUCUGUCCCAGAAUAAGAUUCAAGACAUGAAAAGGGAAACUUUUUCUGGCCCGGCCAAACUGGAGAUCCUGAAACUGAACAACAACCUCAUCAGCAAUCUCACAUCUGACUUGUUCCACAAUGUUUCACAGCUGGAAGAGCUUCACUUGGAAGGGAACAACAUAUCAGAACUCGCUGAUGAUAGCUUCUCUGUAUUAACCAAGCUGAAGGUCCUGAACCUCAGAGGGAACCUUCUCACGAGCUUCAGUGGUAAAUUGUUUGGACUCCACGCCCCAAAUUUGAAGGAACUGAACCUUAAAGGCAACAUAUUGACCACGUUGUCCUCUCUGAGCAGUUUUACGUCUCUUACUGUCUUUAUCUUGUCCUCAAACCAGCUCUCCGACCUUCCUGAGGACACUUUUAGAAAUGUUACAGCCCUGGAGAAUCUAGACCUGUCUGAAAACCAGCUCACCCUGCUACCAGAAACGGUCUUUAAUGAACUUUUCAGCAUCAAGGCGAUCCACCUCAACAAGAACAACCUGAGCAGGGUGGACGCCAAUCUGUUUGAGGACCAGUUGCUGAUUCAGCAGCUCUACCUGUCCGACAACCAGCUGGAAUCUCUUCCACUGGGCCUGUUGGACCCUUUUGUCAUCCAGCACACAGUGAGACUGCACGGGAACCCUUGGAAAUGCGACUGUCACAUGUGGUAUCUGCACGACUGGGUGCUGAGAAAUGGCCGAGAUGUGGAGAUGCUCGACAGGAUGCUCUGCUCUAGCCCUGGCUUCCUGAGAAGACGGGCAGUCGUGUCCAUCGACAAGGACCAGUUGGUGUGUGAGGUGUCUAGAGAUGCUACAACUGAUCUCAGUAGAUGUAGAGUACAAGCUUCCGGGGAUACUGUGAUUGUCAAUUGCAAAGUGGACAAGUGCUCUCCACUUACAGUGAGGCUGCAGUUUCAGGAAGAUGACGGAAGCAUAACGGAGCAUUAUUUGAAAAAUGAGUCAAAGUGUAGCAAUGACACAGUGAUUGAUAUUCCUGGUCUGUAGUUUUUCCUUGUUACUAGACUUUGUUCUCCAUGCAAAUACGUCGUCAUGCAUCUGAGUCAUAUUAUAUGUUCUGACUGUCAGUCAAUACUGUAAACAAACCUGUAACGCAACAGCUGAUAACCAGCAACCAUGCAUGCUGCUGGACGAUAAAAGAGGUGGAUGAACCCUUUUCUUGGAAAGUUUAAAGUUCAACCAAUUGCAUUUUAAGAUUACUACUGAAAGGAACUGUGUGUAACAUGUUGAAUCUCCUGUAGUGAUGCUUCUGACCCGUUGUUUAUGAUCUUCUAAUGUCAAAUUGACAUUAAUGCAAGGCAACGCACUACAUCGGCCCAAACAGUUACAAAAGGAGAAACGGGCUGCAUCUUCGUAAAUAUAGAAACACAGAUGCCAAAACACAAAACACAUCCUACAGAGUUAAUCUGUUUCAUAGUGUUUUGUCAGUAUAUUUGAAAUAACUAGGUUAGCUAUCUAGCUCACAGCAGAUCUGCAAUAAUAUCAGUUGACACAUUGUUAAAAUAAGCCGAUAAAACAUACAUUUUAGGUACGUUUCCAGUGACAGUCUGCCAUCUUUAUAAUCUCAGAACGUAGGGCUGCUCGAUUAUGGCAAAAAUUAUAAUUUCGAUUAUUUGGGUCAAUAAUUAAUAUCACGAUUAUUAAAAACGAUUAUCCAUUUACUUUGAAAACAUCCAUAUAUUGAAAAAAAAAAUGUUAACAGUAUGUUUUGAACAGUUGAUUACCCUGAACUUUAAAUAUAAUUCAACUGAAAAACCAAUUACAAAAAAAAGGAAAAAAAGAAAGAAAUUACAUUUUAAAAAUAAUCGUUUUAUUUCAAUUAUGUUGUUUUCAUAAUUGUUGCAAGCCAAAAUCGUAAUUGCGAUUAAAAUACGAUUAAUUGAGCAGCCCUAUCAGAACGUCAACAAGUUGUCCCAGCUGUGUGCAUCACUUUUUUGUUUCCCCGUUUCCAUUAUGUUUUGAGCUUCUUGCAACAACAACGUUUUUUAGUUGCAUUGUUUUUGGUAGUGUUUUGGGUCGUUGUAACGUUAUUGCCCGUGUCGGCCACCGUAUUCCGCCGUGUCAAAGUGAAUUAUCAUUGGAAAACAUGUUGACAAAUGUUUGUGUUAUUACGGGAUCAGAUAUGAUGCAUUUUGACAUUUUCAAGAAAUCUUGGAAGAACUGCUUUUGGAAAAUGAAAAUAAAAAAGAAUAUUUCCUUCUGUAAA